UCACUCCGGAAGUGAAGACAUUUUCUUCACUAAAGGCUCAGAUUCACGCCGUGAGCGAUAAGGUAAGGAGAAGGAAUAUCGGAAAAUACCACACAAAAUGCAUAGCGAGGAAUGCCCAAGGUAACACAGGCGGGGCUUUUAUAAUGUCCCACGUUACAUUUUCUUAUCAUUUAGCGUUCGUGAAACUGAAAUUCACUAGAGACGAAGCAGCACUUGUUUGUAUGCGAGACUUCUCGCGCCACUGUUACCUGGCAACGUUGGUUAGCCGAGUGGCUAAGCUUGUUUAUUCAACCGAGCCAUUAAACCCAGUGCUGCCCUCUGCGUAAACCUAAAAUACGGUAACGACUCGUUAAAAUUCCCUGUGGCUUUUUAGUUAUUAUUAUUUCUGCAUUCAGCGCGCGGCAAUCUGAGUCACGCGCCUUUAGCACGUCUCGGUAGUCUGCUAACGGAGUUAGCAUUAGCCGGUAAAAUUUCACUUUCCAUUUUAAGCCGUCGUGGAUAUGCAGUGUUUGUUUACCAUGUAUUUACAUGGAUUGAAUACUUUACUGUAAUUAAUUCGUAUAAACAAUUACAGUAAACAGUAAGCCUUAUAAAUGGUAGGCAACACCUGAACAGUGUAUAAAAUAUUUGUGUGUGUGUGUGUGUGUGAGAGAGAGAGAGAGAGAGAGAGAGAGAGAGAGAGAGAGAGAGAGUAAUAUGUAUGUACUACGUAUGUUUAACUCAUCCUUAUUCGUCCACAAUUGACCAAAACGCAUACACCGCCCUGCCUCGGCCCGACAUCGUGGACUGAGUGCUUGGGCGUUUUUUCCACUGUCAGCGCCUUAAUAGAUACGGUGCCAUCCUCAAUAAUAUUGCUAAAAUAAUUACGAAAGCUUUUUACUUUCUAGCAAAGCCUUUCAGAUGGUGGUAUUUUGAUCCACAGCCUUGCUUCCUUUGGUGUAAUUUCUGCUUUGUUUUGGGGGGGUAUGCGGUUACUGUACUUCUGGUUGACUCCCGUUCUCCUUCAUGAAGCUCCUCUCCAUUAUAUUCUUAGAACAUUUAGCCCCAUAAGAAAUGCCACACUUUACAGUUCUUUUUGGGGAUUUCUUACUGUUUUACUGGUAAAUUGUUUUCAGUCUUCUUGCUUGAAUGUCAUUUUGCUUAAGAGUUGUCAUCUAAUGUCCCAUGUCUUUAAAAAUCGCUAAUGCAGUUGUCCUUUACAUGAUUAGGUAAUCAUUCAUUUGGGAUAUUAUACUCUGUCUUCUGCAUUUCCUCAACCCUUUGAAUGAUAUCUACAGCCAUUUGAAUGGCAAUCUCCUGUAGCCUUCUCCCGACUCUGCGUUAGAUCCGUUCAGAGCUUUGGCGUUGUCCCUCCCGUUUUGUUUCAGUGUGAUGGUCAUAUGCCAGUGAUUGCUGAAUUCCAGAUAGUUGAAUGUGUGCUACUUCACAGAGCGACACUCGACUUGAAAUCAUCCUGGUCGACAUUCAUGAGCUGUUCUUAGCUAGCACUGGAUGUGUGCUAUGGAGUGUAUGCCAGGUCUAAAUGCUGAAUGGUUGUGUUUCUGCAGAGAUAUUGCAUACCAUCACAGAAGAGGAGUAUCCCUUUCACUAAGUUGACUUUAUCUUUUGGUCUUAAAAGUUGGCUUAUCCACUGACUUCAUCCUCAACACUUUGAGACUUUUUUUUUGUAUUUUUUUUUUUUUGAGCCUGUGGCUGUGUUUCUUUCUUGGGCCUGUGUCUCCUCCCACCUUGCAGAGUCAUCCUCCAGCCUUUGUGAGGCAAUGUCCCAGAAGGUUCCUUCUGAUGGAGUGCAGAAAGGCUUUGCUGUGGGACGGGGGCUCCUGGCCGCGGCCGAGACCCUUAACUUCAGCAUGAGCGAGCGCCGCUCUGAUGGCCUCUACGGCAUGCCCUCCCGGCCCUCUUAUGGCAUGGCAUCGGCACUUGGUGGUGGGGAGGGUAAGGACCGUGAUGCACCGAUGUCGCGUGGCCACAGCGGUGGGGGGGGCGGAGUUGGUGGAGGCAGUAGUGGUGGUGGCAGCCACCUUAGCAGCACCAUGAAGCUCUUUAACAGCCUGGGGCUCUCGCCCACCGACGUGGACGCGCUGUCACAGAUCCCCGAGGAGAACAUCAGUGUGGAGACCUUGCCGCAUCUUAUCAUGCAGCUGAAGAGCCGCAAAGCAGAGGCCGGUCGCCGCAUGGGGGGCAGUGACCCCCGGGACUUGCCAUCCCUCUCCCCUGAACGCUCAUACAGGCCAAGCCGGGAUGACUGGGAGGACGUCCGGGGAGGCCGCAUGGGUGGUUCUGGAGGACAGGGCCUGGGGCAUGGCCAGCAGGUUGACUACGGCUACAACUCCAUGCAGGAAGGCCCAUCUAGGGGCUACGAUCGCAUAGACUAUGGUGAGAGCAGCGGCGGAGGGGGCAGGGACCGGCCGUAUUCCGAGCUUUCCCGCGAUCGCUACGGUGACCUCGGCUUGGGAUCCUCAUCCUCGUCUAACAGCUUUAUGCCGCGACGGACCGGCGCCCCCUCCCACGGCAAAGUGCAGGACUUCUUGGGAGUCAUGCCCCAAAUGUUCCCACACGUGUGCUCUCUUUGUGACUUUGACGUGCACUCCACCAUGGAAUGGACUCAGCACACAAAUGGACUGCGACACAGUGAAAACCGUAGGAUCCUCCUGCAAGUGUAUCCAGACUGGCGACCACAAGAGGCCUCAAGUAGAGUGUCAGGGUCACUCCUGCUGGAAACAACCAACCGUUCAGAUGGAAUUCUGGGUCCGGCUCCCCUUGUCCAGGGUCCACAUAGAGGCGGGAUGAACUCCAACUGGGGUCCUGGAUCGAUGAACCAAGGACAGGGACUUUUACCCCCACCUAAGAUACGGAGCAGAGUCGUGGUGGCCAAGUACGAGCGGAAACCUCUGACGCUGAACAGCUUGCUGGUGCUGGCACAGCCCUUCGGGACCGUCUGCGAGCACCUGGUGCUGAAGAACAAGGCCUUCAUGGAGAUGCAGACUCACGAGGAGGCCGUGGCCAUGGUCACCUUCUACCAACGCAAGCCGGCCGUGAUGCACGGGAAGGAGAUAACCUUCUACCUUUCUCGGGAGCUGGUGGUGAUCGAGAAAGGCAACAGGCCUGACAAAGACCCCAGGGAUGUGAAGGGCAAGGCCAGCCAGGUGGUUUUCUUCUCCAACCUGCCCAGGGAGAGAGAGAAGAAAUCUGAGCUGUUAACUCUGGCACGGCGAUUUGGCACGGUGGAGAAAUACCUGUUCUUGAGCGAAGAGGCGUUUGUGCAGCUGGGUACCCCUGAAGAUGCUGAAAUGAUGGUGAAGUAUUAUACUCUACACCCAUUGACCAUCAGAGGCAGGAGCAUCAGGCUAAACAUCUGCACGAAAUAUAAGACCUUGAUAGUGAACCCCUCCAGGAACAUGGACAGACAGGACUUCAGCAGGAGGAGCGGCGUUGGCUCGGGCACCAGAAGCUACUCGAAGAGCCAGAAAUCGCCAUCUUCUGGGGACAGGGUUGCCCGAAGCAAGGAGCAGUCGGCAUCCAAGGACGAGGAGCUAAAGGCUGACGACGCUGCCAUGCCAGAGGGCGGUGAGGGUUCCGGAGACGAGGUGGCUGGUGUGAUAGAGGCCGAUGACAUGGAGGAAGGUGACCACGAGGAAGCUGGCGAUGAGCAGGAAAUGGUUGCUGAGAUGGACCUGGACCAGCCCGAGCCUCCCUCGGAGGCCGGGGCCCAGAUGGAAGAAGAGCCCCCUCCCCAGGCCACGGAUGCCGGCAUGGGGACGGAGCAAGCUGGCGACGUGGGGUCCUUGGACGCGUCUACCGGAGCUGCCUCGGAGCCAUUGGGACAGGAGGAGCAGGUGGAACAUGCAGAGGCUUCCCCUGAGGAGGAGGCUGAGGUCAAAGGUGAUUCACUGCUGGCAGAACCUUCUGGAAGCUUGGAGCCUCAAGGGGAGGAGCCGAUGCCAGAUCAGGACGUCCCAAAUGAGCAGGACUUCCCCGAGAACAUGGAUGACUUUGUGACUCUGGAUGAGGUGGCAGAGGAGGAGGAUAGUGACACCCAGAUGAAAUCGGGGGACACGCCUACAGGAAGCUCAGGCAGAAGUGGGGGGCUGAGGGUCGUCAACGUGGUUGGGUUCAAACGUGGCUACAACUUCCUCGAUGAAAUCCUUAUGCUGGCUAAACCUUUUGGGAAAGUGGUUCGACAUUUGGUGCUGAAAGUGAGACCAGAGGCUUUCUUGGAACUGUCUUCGGAAGAGGAAGCAAGAGCGAUGGUCGACUUUUACAGCGGUAAUGUGACGCCGAUGGUGUGCGGGAAAGCCGUCAAGAUCUACCACUCACAGACCUACGCCACGAUCCAGAACGGACGGGUCAUCUAUGUAGGCCAGCUCCCACCCUUCCAAACGUCAGAUGCCUCGCUCCUGAAAAUUGCCGAGCCCUUUGGGAAAGUGAGACGUUAUUUCCUCAACCGAAUCCGCAACGAGUGUUUUAUUGAAAUGAAACGAGAUGAGGAUGCAGAGAGAAUGGCCAGUGCUUACAAGGACAAUCCACCGAAAUUUCAUGGAAAGCGGUUGACCGUGUAUUUGAGUCGGAAGUACAAGCAGCUUAAACACGGAUACAGACCACCAAAACCAGACUCUGACGAGGAGAGACCCCUGAAGCGGGAGUGGUCAGAGGAGAAGGAGGACGCUUCUCCGAAGCCCAAGAUCAAGAAGGAAGAGGAGCCCCCAGCCAAGAAGGCAUGUGUGCGGGCAGAGUCGCCCCCUGCAGAAAAGCCUGGUUCCCCUGAUGAAGACCAACCCCAGCAGGAGGGAGAGAAACAGCAAGAUGAGGAGGGUCAGGGAGGUAGCACUGAGGCCCCCAGUGACCAGAAGACUGAUGAUUCUGAGCCGCAAGCUGGCCAGGCCUCUGCUGCAGCAGACAGCCAGAAGGAUGCCCAGGAGGAGUGUAAAGGUGACGGCGCAGACACUGCGCCUUCGAAUGGAGUGAGUGAGAAAGGUGUUGAAAAGGAGGAUCCCUGCACCAAGACACAGGCCGAGAAAAGUGUACCGGAGCCCCUGGGGCCAUACCAGCCCAACAAUCCCGUGGGUGUGGAGUACGUGAAGAUGGGGUACUACUGCAGAGUGUGUUUUCUCUUCUACUCCAACGAGGAGACUGCCAAGAAGGUGCACUGCAGCAGCUUAUCCCAUUAUGAGAAACUCAAGAAAUACCUCAGUAGAGAGAAGACCAAAGCUCAGUGAGCAACAAGCGGUUCACUCUGCUAAAGUGUUGCUGCAUGACUGGUAUCUAAUUUUAGUUUGGAGGUGACGUUGUACUGCUCUGGCUUUUAUGUGGCUUACGGCUCCUCUGGAUUUUGAUAGCGGGGGUAGAUAGGGGGAUUGGGGGUUUUUCCAAAGGAAUAUAUAAAUAUAUAUAUAACUUUUUGUAAUGCUUCAAUUUUUUUUUUUUUGUGCUGUAGUAUUACUAUCCUGUUUUGUUGGUAUUAUUUGAGUAGUAUGUACGUUUUAGUAUGUUUGAACUGACAGGAUUUUUUUUUUGACAAUAGUGCUAAAGAUCUUAUGAGUAUGCUAUUGUGGGUUGCCAGGUCACAUCAGUUUUGAACACUUCUCCCUUCAUCCGCCUUCCCCUUUUGAGAAUAAGUGCCAUUAAAAUAUACUUGUACUACCUUAAAUGAUGUUAGACUAUCCUUUUUAAUUAAUAAAUUGAGUUAAAUACUG